AAGCCUCUGCGAGAUGAGGACUGCGGUUCUGCUGUUAGUCGUGGGGUUGUGUGUGCUGGACGCCACAUCUGCCCUGAAAAUCUGCGCGUUCAAUGUUCAGAGCUUCGGUGAAUCAAAGGCAAACAACAGGAAGGUUAUGGAGAUUCUACUAAAGAUUCUUUCUCGGUGCGACUUGUGUCUUAUUCAGGAGGUCAGAGACUCCAAAGGAGCAGCAAUAAAAGCUUUGGUUAAGGAUCUUAACAGAUAUGACAAAUCUAACACAUACUCCUAUGUGGAAAGUGAAAGGCUGGGCAGGAAGAGCUACAAGGAGCAGUAUGUUUACCUCUACAGGACCAAUGUGCUGACGGUCCAAGAGCACUAUCAGUAUCCUAAACUAGAAGGAGACGGGACCAAUGAAACAGAUGUUUUCUCCAGAGAGCCUUUUAUCGUUCGCUUUCACUCCCCAACAACAUUGGUGAAGGAUUUUGUCCUGAUUGGUCAGCACACCUGUCCCAAAAAUGCCAUGAAGGAGAUUAAUGAACUGCACACUGUCUUCAAAGGGAUUUACCAGAAGUGGAAGACUGAGAAUGUGAUGAUCUUAGGGGACCUCAACGCUGCCUGCAGCUACGUCACCAUCAAGGGCUGGAAGGCCAACCGCUUGAGGAGUGACCCCAAAUUUCACUGGCUAAUCGCAGAUGACCAAGACACUACUGUCCGUGAUAAGACACACUGUGCCUACGACAGGAUCAUUGUCCAUGGACGUGAGAUUAUUUCCGGUAUAGUGCCAGGCUCCGCUCAGCCGUUCAACUUUAAAGAGAAUUUCCAUCUCACAGAGGAGGAGGCUCUCGAAGUGAGCGAUCAUUUCCCUGUAGAAGUUGACCUGAAGCCCAACCACCGCUACCUCCUCCGCAACGAGCUGUAGGACAACCAUCAUCAAACCCGGAUGUCUUCAUUUGAACUGUUUUACUUGAUUUUAGAUGUCAAAUUAAAUAAAAGCUACUAACAAAAUAA